UUUUAUGUACACAGGUCUUGCAACACGCCUGGUUCGAUAAAACAUUUUCUGUUUCUGAUAGCAUUGUAAAAGAUUGAUCAGAACUUCUAAUACAUAUUGCAUCGCUUACUUUCAGUCAGUUUAAAAAUAACAUUUAUACUGUUACCAAAACAAUCGUUGCUUCCGAAACAAAUCAACAGAAGUCCUUCUAUUCAUUUAUUUGAUAAUUGAUUUUUUGAGUAAAAGUUGGCAGCAAGUCAAGCAUUUGAAUUACUUUUUACUCUAACCUCCAUAACCAUUCUUUCAUUAAUGGCAGAAGCAGCAGCAAAAACGGGGAGAAAACGUGACCCUAUUUGGACGGAGUUCAAAAGACUACCGGGCAAUAAAGCCAAAUGCCGCCACUGCGAACAGCCUGAAAUAAUUUCAGGCGUAGCGCACCGAAUGAGAUUCCAUUACUUGAAGUAUCAUCAACAAAGGAAAAAGCACUCGAUCAAAAAUCAUUCAUUAACAAAAACUUCGUCAGAACAUUCAGAUGUUUCAAAAUUAGCCAAAAGUGAGAAAAAAACAAUCAAUCAGGCUAUUGAGAAGUUUUUUAUUGACUGCAAAAUCCCUGCCGAUAAAGCAAAGCACGAGAGUUUCAUAAAUAUGACCAAAGCAUUGCAUCCCAGUUAUAAAAUUCCAGAUGGUUUUGAAGAAAGUCUGAAUUAUCAAGAAAUGCUGAAAUCAAUAAUCCAUUACAACGGUAGCGACUUUGUCACAUCUUCAAUCGAAAUUGAGUACAAUUGCCAGCACCUGCCGGAAAAAUUUACUAUAAAGCCUUUAUCGCGCUGGACAUUCGCGCAAGGAAACCUUAAUCUCACUGUGGAAACGCCUUGCCAAGUUCGAGGUAAGACUAAUUUUCAGGUCAUUUUCGAUGCCUGUUUAGAGAACAAAAUUUUCACACAAACAACUGAAGACGCGCCUUUAACAGGAGUUCUAACGAAACAGUUAGAUCGUCCCCCACAAUUGCACAAGCAGACGCUACCUCUUCCUCCAGUUUACGAGUACUGUUGCCAACAGGAGGUAAUGAAUCAGAUACAUGUCGAAUUGCAAAAGAGUGAUCUCUUUCGAAGCAUCCAACAUCAUGCAGGCAACAAUUUUCUGCAGUUUUCAAUCGAUGAACAAGUUAAUUUUGUCAAUGAAAAUUUCUCCGGAAUCGAUAGAGAUCUGACUGGACCGUUCGCAAUAAACUGCGGUAGAGCUAAGAAUCUUCUAGAUAGUCUCACUUCUUCAAUAUCUUUAAUGAAACAUGAUGGCCUGGGUUGCAGCACACAUGCAUGGAAGCGUUUGCUCUCCGAAUACGAUGAAAACCUCAAAACUGAGGAUCGAGAGUGGCUUGAGUUAGCUCAAAGACUAUACGAGAAACACGCGCCUGUAUUUGCACUAGUUGCUUAUGCUGUAGACCCGGAGUAUUUAGGAGAAAAACUGACGGAACUAGAAAGGGAAUAUGCGGCCAACUGGGUGCAAGAGUUCUACCCUGAAUGCUUCUCCGAUUAUCAAAAAUUUACCGGUCUCAGCAUCGAUCAUUUGAACAGUCUACGUAAAGUUUUUGAUGAAAAGAAUCUGGAAUUUUGGAAAGGGCUUCUUGAAUUUGGAAUAAUAAAUGCGCCAUUUGCAGCUAUGGGGAAAAUCUUGACAAAUCUCGUCUGCUCUACAUAUGUAGAUGUGUCAAUCAAACCCGAAGACUUUGGCCCGGCUAGUGACAUAAGUGACAUAUCGGACAAUGACGAGAACAGUUAGACGGCUUUUCCACUGAUCUAAGCCUUUAUCGUCAAUUUUACUACAAACGUGCCUAUACCAUUUAGAGUAAAUUAUACUUUUAGUUCCAGAGUUCAACUUUAAAAAUCAAAAAAAAUACUUGGUUUUGAUCCAAUUAUUCGCAACUUGCCACAACAGGGGUUUGAAAGUUCAUGUAAACUUGUUCCCAAAUUCAAUAGAUUUAUAGUUAGCUCUCUAGAACUGAUACGAGUUCUUUGUUCACUAGUUAAUUAACACAUGCUCAAGAUAAUAUUGGCCACUGUUUUAGUUUUGUUUUCUUUUUUGAAUAACUAAAAAUGUUAUAAUUAUCCAUUUUAAAAAAGUGCUUUUUUUCAUAAUCUAGUUUCUAAAUGUAGUUUCAUGAGCACUAUCAUUACUUACAUUACAUAAAGUUUGGAUAAUUCUGUCGAUUGUUUUAUUUCAUGGCCGAAGUUGUAUCACCUUCUCUGUUUCCACCACAAAUGCUUUUUCUGAUCUCUUAAAAUUCCACCCACUCGAUAUAGAGAGAUCAGUCGAUGACUCAUGUCGAAUUAUCCUCAGGGCGGUUUCAUUCUGAAUCACACGUCCACAUGAGAAGCAUUUUGCGCUGUUGAGACGAUUUGGAAUUGCUUUGCAGAAAAAACACUCGUGUGGUGGGUCAGUCAGAUAAUUCGAAGUGAUGUAAUUUAUGUUUUCCUGGCCUCUGGCCAUUGUAAAAUUGUUUCGAAAGA